AGUAUCUCCAUAUAUAACUGCGAUAGUUCAUCACUGUGACAUGUCCGGUGGUCUUUCCAGCAUACAUUAAUAGAUCUGUAGAUCUUGCCUUUUACCUUUGUGCGUAAGAAAUUGAGUUUAGUCAGACGUAUGUCAGUCACAUUUAUGAUUUACGUCUUAAACAUCACUAUCUGAAAGACGUGACCAAGGCGUGAACCAAUUUGUAGCAUCCAUCACCAAGCUUGGAUUAUAGGCACACGCCGCAACGCCUAUCAUUCUUCCACCAUGGCGUACUGCUCUGUCAGUGACUUCUAUGCCGGCAAGACAUUGAUGAUCACAGGUGCCACUGGCUUCAUUGGUAAGGUGCUGUUAGAGAAACUCCUUCGAUGCUGUCCAGACAUCAAGAAGAUAUUCCUCCUUGUCAGGACAAAGAGGGACAAGGGAGCUGCCGCCCGUAUCAAAGAGAUCACUUCUGGCAUAGUAUUUGAUAAAGUCAGGGAAGCCCAGCCGAACUUCCGGGCAAAACUAGUCCCAAUCGAGAGCGACCUCAGUGAACCCAACUUUGCCUUAAAAGAAGAAGACAUCAGGACACUGCAGGAAGAGACAGAGCUUGUUUUUCAUGUUGCAGCUACACUCAGCCUCGAUGAGAAACUAUCAAUCUCCCUCCGAAUGAACGUGCUUGCCACCAGAAAGAUCUUACAACUCAGCAAAGGGAUGGAUAAAUUAUUGGUAUUUCAUCAUGUUUCAACAGCAUAUAGCAACUGUGACAAAUCCAGAAUAGAAGAGAUUGUUUACCCCCCUCCCGUUGACCCAUACAAGAUCUUGGAUGCUGCAGAAUGGAUGUCGGACGACAUGAUGGAGGCGUUAACCCCCAUGCUACUGGGGAAGAGGCCAAAUACAUACACCUUUACCAAGGCUCUGGCAGAGUAUGUCGUGAAAGAAGAGGGUAAAGGGUUGCCAAUUUGCAUCACAAGGCCGUCCACUGUUUUAGGCUCGUGGAAAGAACCAUAUCGUGGCUGGGUAGAUAACAUAUUGAGUGGAAGUGGACUCAUGGCUGCUGUUGGUAAAGGUAUGGUAACAACAGUGCUCAGUGAUCCAAAUACUAUUCUUGAUGUAAUUCCUGUCGAUGUUAUAGUGAAUGCAAUGAUAGGUGUGACGUGGUAUACAGGCGUCCACAGGCCUGCCAACAUCUCAGUCUAUAACUUGGUCACCGGUCCCGUUAAUCCAUUCAAAUUAGGUUCACAUUGGGCUAAUGUCCUAGAUUGUCUCCAGAAAUUUCCCCUGGAGAAGGGAAUUGGACGACCAAUGGUUCAACUCACCAAAUACGCGGUUGUAUUUGAAUGCAUGAACAUGAUAAACGACAAGAUACCGGCUUUUUUCAUUGAUUGUGCAUUGAAGUUAACGCGACAGAAACCUAUGAUGAUGAAGAUGAACCAAAGGAUCGUAAAGCUGGUUUACGUUCUGAGGCCCUUCUUGUUGAACUCUUGGGACUUUAGCCAUCAUAAUAUAGAAGCUCUUUCCGCUGCAAUGAACGAGAAAGAUAGGGAGGUAUUUUUCACUGAUUUGAGCACGCUCAAUUGACAGUCAUACAUGAAAGCCCACGUAAUCGGUGUCAAGAGAUACAUGCUAAAUGAAGACAUGGAAAAUCUGCCUGCAGCACACGGUCAUCAAAGAAUGUUGCGCAACCUCCGAUGGGCCUUCAAUACUGUCCUCGCUGUCGUCAUUUGGCGUAUCCUCAUGACCCGGUCAAAGGUCGCCCGGAACUUCCGGACCUUUAUAAUCGACGUUUUGUUCAGAUUCAUUCGAUGCUGUCGCAUGCUCAUUACCUCUAUGGGUAGCUGUCAUUGACCAAUCUUUGCCACCACUGUGUGUUAAUUGCAGUGGCAGUUGACCUGUGGUAGGCAAUAUAAAGAUCUUUGAUGUAGAUACAGAGCCAUCAAUUCAUUUAUAUGUGUAUAUCAGGAGAAAUGCGCCCUCUACGCUCGUUGAUUAUGGCUCUUUGGAUUUAAGAUAUUCUCUAUGUGUAUGAAAUGCAAUUUACUACUACUACGGCAGCAAACACAAAUGAAUAAGCAAUCAAAUA